CGCCCACGCAGGUCCGGCUCACAGCACCUAUGCUGCUCCACUCACCGUUUGCACGCAGAACAUUCGCAAACACCAACAAUUUUAACAUUUGAACAAAAGACAUUUUCAUUAUUUUGUGGUUGUGUGCUGUUAACCUACGCCGGCUUAUAUAAAAAACAAUUGGCCCCAUCAUUUAUUUUUGCUCAAAGUUUUUAUGUUUUACUAUCCGAAAUAAAUUAAUAUUGAACACUAAUAUUUGUAGUCGACUUAAACCCUGUGGCCUCGUCUCUCUCUGGGAAUUAUGGAGGCGCUGCUGGCUGUGUGGAUGGUGGGGUUGGUGGGUCUGCACAGAGCUCAGGGCUACGAUGAUGGAGCACCAGCGGAUGUCUGCACCACCAUGCUUCCAGAUCACGGCACCAACACACUGACCGGCACACCCUACUCCAUCGUCACCAACAGCAGCACCUUCACCACUGGCACCAAGGUUAACGUCACCAUCGUGGGCACCUUCAAGGGCUACUUCCUGCAAGCGCGAAUACCCGACAACACGACCAUCGUGGGCACAUGGGACACCCCACCUACAGGCAACAAAUUCGUACAGUGCAAUUCCGUGGCAAACGCCGCGGUGACGCACUCCACCAGCACCUCCAAGACGAACCUGAGCUUUUAUUGGAUCCCCCCGACUACAAGCCCUCCCAGCUCCGUAGUGUUUGUAGCGACCGUGGUCAAGACGAAACAGGAAUGGCAAAUUAACGUGCAGUCGGCGAAGGUCAAUGCCUCAGGUUAUGUAGCCACAACCAAGGCACCAGCUAAGACCACAACGAAGUCACCAGUUAAGACCACAGUCAAGCCAUCACCUAAGACCACGGCCAAGCCAGGCAACUCUGCCGGGCGUUCGGCCCUCGCCAUGUCUGGGCUCUCCCUGGGCGCGCUGCUCGUGGUCGUCACAGCCGCGUGCUGCCGUUGAUUCCACCGGCGAAGUCACGGAGUCCCUUCACUGCGUGCAGCGGUCCGGAGUGGUGGAGUGGUGACGGAAUGUUGGUGGGGUC